CGCCCUCUUCGUUCGUCCAGGCGUUAUUUUAUUGCAGAGCUUUUCUCCAACUUUAGGGAUGCUUUUCGUGAUGUAAAUUGUUCCAUGAAGUGACCUUUUCGCUCUCAAUGGUCCGCUUUUUACACCAUGGAACUACCGAAAGGUCAUCCCAGCCAUGAAAGGCCAUCGAUAUCCCAAGACUACCGUUAUCCUCCCCCAUCCACGCAUCACUUCUCACCCGGGCCCUCUCCGUCCUUUCACCACGCCUACACGGCCAGUUUGAUUGCGGCAGGUCACCCUGAACAGCACCAGCUGUCCCAACCGCCCAUGCUCCAGCAGCGGGAUGUGGUGACCAGGCUUCCACCGAGGAUAGAUGACAGAAGUGGUUACCAGCAACCGGACUCUCUGGCAGUCAUUCCUGGAAAUGUAGACCCAAUGGAUCAGCAGCGUCCAGAUGCCUUCAAGAAGCAAACCCUCACGACCAACCCUUACUUCUACCACCCCAACUUUGCGGUGAUGCCCUCUGUGGCCGCAGAAAACAACCACCUGCUCCAAGCCCCGCCCAAAGAGUGUCCACCGAACCUGGUCAUAGGGUCCGCAGUCGCAAUGGACGCUGCACCACGGGAGAACAGCCACGUGGUCAGCACCAUGGACAUGGCAUCAUCAACAUCCUCACCAAGUACUUGUACUUCGCUGCAGCCUCUGAACAACCCUGAGGCUUCCGUUGAGAGGACAACCGCUGCGGAUCCAGCAGCGCCGAAGGAUGCUGUCAUUGCUGGAUCUGUUACUAAGGAGCUUACUGAAGAAGAAAAGUAUCAGAUGUUGCGUAAGAAGUUUGCCCCAAAGCCCAAUUCCUUAAUCCAGACCUUACUGAAGAAAGGAGGCCCUCCCCCAGAUGGACUCAGCUAUGAUCAGUUCACCGAUGAUGCCAACGAUGUCCGGGUCAUUGCCGUGAAGCCUAUCGAGCCAGGACAGGUCUAUGGACCUUUGAAAGGGAGUGUGAAGACUUUGGACUGUCUUCAUAAUGUACAGGCAUGGGAGCUCUGCCUGGAUGGAAUGGUUGCUGCAUACAUGGCCCCUGCCCCGAGGAAGGAAUGGAUGGGGUUCGUCCGAAACGCUCGCUACAACGAGGAAUGUAACCUGGAUGCUGGUCAGGUCUACGGACGGAUCUACUUCACCGUGAUCAAGAGGAUUGAACCGGGUACUGAACUGAGAGUCUUCUAUAGUGAUACCUACAGAGAGAACUGUGGAUUCAUGUACGACCUUUCUGCUCUCAAUUAUGAUAAAGACACAGAGAGCUUCUCCUGUACUAUGUGUAAUGUGAAGACUGUCAACUCCAAGAGCAUGGUGAGACACUACAAGGUCACCCACCCUGAUGACGGCCUACAGGAAGAGAAGUCGGUGCCUUUGAAGGUGGCCGAGAGGCUGAAGCUGCUCAAUGCUCAGUGCAAGCUACCCCCGCAAUAUGACGAGGACGACGAUGAGGAAGAAGAGGAGGAAACCAAGGAGGACGAUGCCAGAGCAGCAGAAAAGAAUUCUGAAGAAGAAGCACCGAAGACGUCGGUUCAGGGGAUGGCGGCAUCGAUGACAAAUUUACAGAGAGAUCAGAGUAAUCAUAAUGCAAAGAGAAAAAUGCAGGAUAACGGUGAAUCCCAGAGGUUCAUAUGUCCCACCUGCGGUAAGAACUUCCCCACCCACGGCCGCUUGGUGGUGCAUGAGUCUUUCCAUACUACCAAUGACCCUAAGGACAAUGAUACAGAGAAUGAAACAGAUGACGAUGACGACAGUGUGACCGAGUACAUUGACCAUGGAAAUGGUAUUCAGUGUCCAAUCUGCGGUUUUACUUUCAAGGAUGUUGAUAAGUUCAAGGUCCACAAAAAGAAGCACAAGACUCACCGGUACAUGUGCGACCAGUGUGGGAACCUGUACACCAGGAGGACGUAUAUGUACCGCCAUCAGCGGGAGAACCAUGGAGCAGUACACGUACGAGCUAGACGUACUGUCAAUGUUUUUAUGCAAGGCACGUACACAUCAGCCAAAGCGCCCCAAGGAAGGGCGGGGUUACUGAGCAGCGGUGAUGAGUCAACUAAGAACGUGCCCAACCGUUGCAAGAUCUGCCACUAUGUAACCAUUUCGAACCAUAUGCUUAGAGAGCACUUGAUGCAGCAUCAAAACAGGCCGUAUGGAUGUGAAAAAUGUGGCCGAGUGUACAUGAGUAGGGGCAAACUGUACGAUCAUUUACGACGAAAGCAUGGAGCCACAAAGAUCCAUUAUCUGACCCCUCAGAGGAGACAGAGGAUUAUGAAAUACCUUAAAGAAAUGACUGUCCAGGUUCUCCGUUGCGGGGAAUGUGGAUUUUCCUGCCGCGAUCGGAAAUCCCUGGAAGUGCACAAACAGUCUCACAAGCUUGUCCAGAAGGUGGUUAGAAAGGUCAGUACCCCGGCUGAUUUGACCAACGCAGAGACUUGUGAAAUAUGUGGUUUUAAGACAGCGGAUGAAGAGUUCUUCACAGAACACAUCAACAAGCACGUCGCUUUCCCGUUUGGGUGCAAGAAGUGUGGAAACACUUAUACGACUAAAAAGUCGCUUAUCAGGCAUCAUCAUGAGAAACACGAGGAGCAAAUACUUGAUAAUAGGGAAUUGGACCAGAGUCUAGAUUUGAAGGCAAGACUGAUCCAUUCCAAGCACAAGGAUGCCUGUCCAGAAUGUGCCUUCUACACUCCGCAUAAGUCAGUUCUCAAGAAGCACAUAGCCAGGCACAAGGAAUUCCCCUACGGGUGCAUCGAGUGCGGGAAUGUAUACACACGCAACAGCACCUUACGUCGACACCAAAGAUCCAAACAUAUCCAUCUCUUCACAGGGGGCUUUGAGGGACCGGAAAAGAAGGAGAUUGGCGGGCUGCUACGGAAGAUGACUUCUCCCGAGGAACUCCAAAUCCAGGGGGACUCCUGUCCGCACUGUGGGUUCCGGACACCCGACAAGAACUUCCUGACUGACCACGUCCUCCUGCACCUGACCCAUCCCUGCGGUUGUAGGAUCUGUGGCAAUGUCUACACCCAGAAGAAGUUUGUGAUGAGACACAUGCAAGAGAAGCACCCUGAGGCCUACAGAGAGGACGUUGACGUUGCGCCCGUGACAGGCGACCAGGACAGCGCCUCGGAGAGUGGAGGGGAGAGGGAUGGAAGCCUGGAUGAUGAUCGUAGUUCUGAAUCGGGGAAGGACGAUGGGUGGGAGCUUGAGGAAAUGGUAAAUGAUGAUUAUGGUAGGGAUGAUGAUGAGAUGGAUGGGGAAGGUGGAAUAGAUGAGGAUGAGAGAGAAGAAAAGAUGGAAGAUGGAGAAGAGGAUGAAGAAAUGGAAGGGGAGGAUUAUUCUGAUGAAAGUGAUGCUAGUGAAUAUGAUGAUGAUGAGGAUGAGGUGAGUAUUGGAAAUCAAGUAGAUCCCUGAUAGACCGAUUUCUUUUACAUAUAACAUGCACAUGUGUAUAUAUUUAAUAAUGGUACUUGCUCCCAUGAUACGCUGUAUUUUUUUUAUAAUGGAUCGUAUCUUUGUUUUA